AUGGCGCCGACUACUUCGACUAGUGAACCCCUUGCUUUCACGGCAUUUUAUAACAUAAUCGAUGGGAGGCGUGAGGAGUCAAGAGCGACAAGACGUACCGUAAAUCCUGCUACUUUGGGGGAAAACCCAGAUGUUCCCGUCUCUACCCUCGAGGAUGUGAAUAAAGCCGUCGAGGCUGCUCAGAGAGCGGUGAAAGUAUGGGCGGAAGUCCCUUGGUCUGAGCGACAGAAAGCUAUUGAGGACUUCGCCGAUGCACUCGAGUCACACACGGACGAUUUCGCCCAAAUGCUAGUGAAGGAGCAGGGUAAGCCUAUCUUCUGGGCCAAAAAUGAAAUCGGUACUGGAGUACACUUUCUGCGGGGGGUUGCCAAAUUGACUCUCUCCGGGGAGGUUAUUGAAGAUACGAAAGAGCGCAAGAUCGUUACUCGAUAUUCGCCUCUUGGCGUCUCAGUGGGGAUCGUGCCUUGGAAUUACCCUGUCUUCAUAGCUAGUGCGAAGAUGGCGCCUGCAUUGCUAACUGGAAAUGCCUUCAUACUGAAAUCAUCUCCUUUUACUCCUUACUGUAAUUUGAAGAUGGCCGAGCUGGGGCUUCGUUUCUUCCCUCCAGGAGUCUUUCAAGCAUUGAGUGGUGACGACGACUUAGGUCCCUGGUUGACAACACAUCCGGGGAUCAACAUGAUCAACUUCACUGGCUCAGCUCCCAAUGGGAAGAAAAUUCUAAAAGCGUGUAGCGACACCCUGAAGCGUGUGACGCUCGAGCUAGGCGGCAACGAUCCAGCAAUCAUUUGUGCUGACGUCGACCCUGCUGCUAUUGUACCUAGAAUUGCCCUGUUUUCUUUCUGCAAUGCAGGCCAGAUCUGCAUGUCGAUAAAACGGCUAUACGUGCACGAAUCUGUAUAUGAUCAGGUAUUGUCGAACUUAGUUGAGCAUGUCAAAGCUCUCACCUUAGGGGUCGGCGAGACAUCUUAUGCGGGGCCCGUUACCAACGAAGCGCAAUACGAACGCGUAAAGGGCUUCUUCGAGAGUGUCGAAAAGGAUCAACUCACGGUAGCAACUGGUGGAACAAAACCGUUAACCGAUAGGAAGGGCUUCUACCUCCCUCUUACGAUUGUUGACAACCCACCUGAUGAAGCGAAGGUGGUUCGUGAGGAGCAGUUCGGCCCCGUAUUACCACUCAUGAAAUGGUCUGAUGAAUCGGAUGUCAUUCAGAGGGCCAAUGACACGGAAACCGGACUAGGUGCUUCUGUAUGGACGAGAGAUGAAGCGCAAGCUACUCGUAUUGCGAAGCAACUCCAGGCUGGUAAUAUAUGGAUUAAUACGCACGCCGAGAUCGAACCAAUAGCCCCAUUCGGAGGUUAUAAGCAAAGUGGACUUCGUUCGGAUUACGGCGUCGAGGGUUUGAAGACAUUUUGCAACCUGCAGAGCGUGUAUACAAGGCCGGGUUGA